AUGUGGACCGUCUUGAUCAUUGUCCCCUUAUCUACAGCCUUAACUCAGACCGGAGCCCUCAUUUCAUCAUGUGAAAUCAAGAAAAGCCUGAGGGCAGAAGAAGAGCGCUGCAUCUUGGCCCUUUCCCAGGAAGAAGCAAACAGGACAGCGGACAAUGAAAUGCUCGAGAGUUCAGGGAAGUGCCUUGGAAUGUGGGAUAACAUCACCUGCUGGCUGUCUUCCCCUGUUGGGCACACUGUUAGCGUUCCCUGCCCCCAAGCCUUCCAGCUGAUAACUGGGCAAACAGGACUCAUAUAUCGGAACUGCACAAGGGAGGGCUGGUCAGAAAAAUACCCCAGACCAUAUAUUGCCUGUGGCUUAAAUGCAGAAGAAAUGUUUGCUUCUAUACUUGAGUGGGAACCUAAGGCAUCUUAUCUGAUGAAGCUGGAAAUUGUGUACACUGUUGGAACCAGCAUGUCCAUGGUGGCGCUGACAAUUGCCUUUGGCAUCCUGGCUUCAUUCAGAAGGCUUCGGUGUACGAGGAAUUAUAUCCAUAUGCAGCUCUUUGUGUCAUUCAUUUUGCGAGCCAUGGCAAACUUCAUUAAAGAUCCUGUACUGUCCGAACACGCAGAUGAUGCUGUCUAUUGUGAAUUGCACAGGGGCAGAUGUAAGAUGAUCAUGGUCUUCGUUAGCUUUUGUAUCAUGGCAAACUACAUUUGGCUUCUUGUGGAAGGGCUUUAUCUUCAUACCCUGCUGGUUGUUUCCUUCUCAGACAGAAAGUUUUUCCGGUGGUUUGUGGUUCUGGGAUGGGGCACUCCCAGCUUUUUUGUGAUUGCAUGGACCAUAGCCCGACUGUUACAUGAAGAUAUUGGAUGUUGGGACACUCAUCUUACCUAUGUCCGGUGGCUCAUUCAAGGCCCUGUGGUGGCCUCCAUUGUUAUCAAUUUCAUUCUGUUUCUUAAAAUUGUCAGAAUUCUAAUGAGCAAGCUUAGAUUGCCAGAUGGAAGAGGCAAAGAUUCCAGUCAAUACAAGAGACUCGCUAAAUCGACACUCGUCCUCAUCCCUCUCUUUGGCGUCCACUAUAUCAUUUUUGCUUUUUUCCCUUUUGAUAACAUGAACGGGACCUUGGAGAUUCAGGCUCUGUUUGAAAAAGCCAUUGGAUCAUUCCAGGGCUUUGCUGUGGCUGUGCUUUAUUGUUUUCUUAAUGGUGAGGUCCAGCAGGAGAUUCAGAGAAAAUGGCGGCAGUGGCGCUUAAGGAAGCAUCUCCAUUCACAGAAGCAGCACAGCUCUUCAUUUCAGAAUGAAGCAAGUGGAUUCACUCAGGUGCUGCAGCUGAUGAAGCCCAGCCCUCAGGAGGAAAGGAGACUCUCUGCCCAAAAUCCGAGCAAACUCUAA